UGCCGGUCGAGCUGGGAGGCGGCUCCGGGGCAGUUCUGCUGGGGCUGGGCUGAACCGAGAUCUCAGUCCUGCCGUGCACCUGAGCCACAUGGACCGCCUGUGCGGCUCCGGGGAGCUGGGUUCCAAGUUCUGGGAUGCCAACCUGUCUAUAUAUACCAAUACUCCGGACCUCACACCCUGUUUCCAGAACUCCCUGCUGGCCUGGAUCCCCUGCAUCUAUCUGUGGGCUGCCUUGCCCUGCUACCUGUUCUACCUGCGGCACCACCAGCGUGGCUACAUCGUCCUCACCCUCCUGUCCAGGCUCAAGACGGUCCUAGGCGUUCUGCUGUGGUGUGUCUCCUGGGCGGACCUCUUUUAUUCCUUCCAUGGCCUCAUCUCCAGCUCAGCCCCUGCUCCUGUCUUCUUUGUCACACCCUUGGUGGUGGGGAUCACUAUGCUGCUGGCUACAUUGUUGAUCCAGUAUGAGCGGCUUCGCGGGGUGCAGUCUUCAGGGGUGCUCAUUAUCUUCUGGCUACUGUGUGUGAUCUGUGCCAUCAUCCCCUUCCGUUCCAAGAUCCUCUCGGCCAUAGCAGAGGGUAAGAUCUUGGAUCCCUUCCGCUUCACCACUUUCUACAUCUACUUCGCCCUGGUGCUCUGCGCCCUCAUCCUGUCCUGCUUCAAGGAUAAACCACCAUUGUUCUCCACAGAGAACAUUGACCCUAAUCCUUGCCCAGAGUCCAGUGCUGGUUUUCUCUCCCGUCUGUCUUUCUGGUGGUUCACAAAGCUGGCCAUCCUUGGCUACCGCCGUCCUCUGGAGGAGCGCGACCUCUGGACUCUGGAUGAGGAGGACUGCUCUCACAAGUUGGUCCAGCGGCUGUUGGAAGAAUGGCAAAAGCAGCAAGCAUCAGGGCCUCAGACUGCAGCCUUUGAGCAGAAGAUCCCUGGAGAGGAUGAAGUCCUGCUGAAGGCCCGACCCAAGUCCCAGAAGCCCUUCUUUCUGUGGGCUCUGGUGAGAACCUUCACCUCCAGCUUGCUCAUGGGUGCCUGCUUCAAGUUGAUCCAGGACCUGCUCUCCUUCAUCAACCCACAGCUGCUCAGCAUACUCAUCAGGUUUAUUUCUGACCCCACGGCCCCCAGUUGGUGGGGCUUCCUGCUGGCCGGGCUGAUGUUCGUGAGCUCCAUGAUGCAGACGUUGAUCUUACACCAAUAUCACCACAGCAUUUUUGUGAUGGCCUUGAGGAUUCGGACUGCGAUCAUAGGUGUCAUCUACAGGAAGGCUCUGGUCAUCACCAACUCAGUCAAACGUGAGUCCACUGUGGGAGAAAUGGUCAACCUCAUGUCAGUGGAUGCUCAACGCUUCAUGGAUGUUUCCCCCUUCAUCAACCUGCUGUGGUCAGCUCCCUUGCAGGUCAUCUUGGCUAUAUACUUCCUCUGGCAGAUCCUGGGUCCAUCAGUCCUGGCUGGAGUGGCUGUCAUAGUCUUGCUGAUACCACUCAAUGGAGCUGUGUCCAUGAAGAUGCGGACCUACCAGGUACGGCAAAUGAAGUUCAAGGACUCUCGCAUCAAACUGAUGAACGAGAUCCUGAAUGGCAUCAAAGUGCUAAAGCUGUAUGCGUGGGAGCCCAGUUUCUUGGAGCAGGUAGAAGGCAUCCGGCAGAGUGAGCUUCAUCUUCUGCGCAAGGGUGCCUACCUGCAGGCUAUCUCCACCUUCAUCUGGGUCUGCACCCCCUUCCUGGUGACCCUGAUCACCCUUGGAGUGUACGUGUGUGUGGAUGAGAACAAUGUGCUGGAUGCAGAGAAGGCCUUUGUGUCCUUGUCCUUGUUCAACAUCUUAAAGAUCCCCCUCAACAUGCUGCCUCAGUUAAUCAGUGGCAUGACCCAGGCCAGUGUGUCUCUGAAACGAAUCCAGGAUUUCCUGAACCAAGAUGAACUUGACCCCCAGUGUGUGGAAAGAAAGACCAUCUCCCCAGGUCCCAACACUCUUACUCCAGAGCAAUCCUGCUCCAAACUUUCUAAGACCCCCCCUUCUCUGAAUUCUACAGCCCCUCCCCAAUCCAUCUCCCUCCUUUACCCCUCCCCCAGGCUCCUCAUGCCCCUCCCUCUGUCCUUGCUCCAGGGAUUCCCCUCCUUUGCCCAGCCUCCUCCCAGGCCUCCCAAGACCCCUGACCCUAUGCAUCUUGUCCUCCCAGGCUGUGCCAUCACUGUGCACAAUGGCACCUUCACAUGGGCCCAGGACCUGCCGCCUACCCUACACAGCCUAAACAUUCAAAUCUCAAAGGGGUCGCUGGUGGCUGUGGUGGGCCCUGUGGGCUGUGGGAAGUCUUCGCUGGUGUCUGCCUUACUUGGAGAGAUGGAGAAGUUGGAAGGCACAGUGUCAGUGAAGGGAUCGGUGGCCUAUGUACCCCAGCAGGCCUGGAUCCAGAACUGCACUCUUCAGGAAAACGUGCUGUUUGGUCAACCCAUGAGACCCAAGCGCUACCAGCAGGCUCUGGAGACCUGUGCCCUGCUGGCCGACCUGAAUGUGCUUCCUGGUGGGGACCAGACAGAGAUUGGAGAGAAGGGCAUUAACCUAUCUGGGGGCCAGCGGCAGCGGGUGAGUUUGGCCCGAGCUGUUUAUAGUGAUGCCGACAUUUUUCUGCUGGAUGACCCGCUGUCUGCCGUGGACGCUCAUGUGGCUAAACAUAUUUUUGACCAAGUGAUUGGACCAGAAGGUGUGCUGGCAGGCAAGACUAGGGUGCUGGUAACCCAUGGCAUCAGCUUCCUGCCUCAGACGGACUUCAUCAUUGUGCUUGCUGACGGACAGGUGUCUGAGAUGGGCCACUACUCGGACCUCCUGAAACAUGAUGGCUCCUUUGCCAACUUCCUCCGAAACUAUGCGCCAGAUGAAGACCAGGAGGACAGCGAAGCCUUGCAAGAUGCAGAUGAGGAGGUGCUGUUGGUUGAAGACACGCUCAGCACCCACACAGACCUGACGGACAAUGAGCCAUCCAUGUAUGAGGUCCGCAAGCAAUUCAUGAGACAGAUGAGCUCCAUGUCUUCAGAAGGGGAGAGCCAGAACCGGCCUGUGCCCAAGAAACACACGAAUCCAUCAGAGAAGGAGAUGCAGGUGAUGAAGGCCAAGGAGACUGGUGCACUGAUCACAGAGGAGACGGCGGAGACAGGCAAUGUGAAGAUGAACGUGUUCUGGGAUUAUGCCAGGUCUGUGGGGCUGCACACCACGCUAGUUAUCUGCCUCCUGUAUGCGGGCCAAAGUGCAGCAUCCAUUGGAGCCAAUGUGUGGCUCAGUGCCUGGAGCAAUGAUGCGGUGGUAGAUGGCCGGCAGAACAACACCUCCCAAAGGCUCGGUGUCUACGCUGCCCUAGGAAUACUACAAGGGCUCCUGGUGAUGCUGUCAGCCUUCACCAUGGUGGUCGGCAGUGUCCAGGCUGCCCGCCUGCUGCAUGCAGCUCUGUUGCACAACAAGAUUCGCUCGCCGCAGUCCUUCUUUGACACGACGCCCUCGGGCCGCAUCCUCAACCGUUUCUCUAAGGACAUAUACGUCAUCGAUGAGAUUCUGGCCCCCACCAUCCUCAUGCUGUUCAAUUCCUUCUUCCUAUCCAUAUCCACCCUUGUGGUCAUCGUGGCCAGUACGCCGCUCUUCAUCGUGGUUGUCCUGCCUCUGGCUGUGCUCUACGGCUUCGUGCAGCGCUUCUAUGUGGCCACAUCCCGGCAGCUGAAGCGACUGGAAUCCAUCAGCCGUUCACCUAUCUUCUCCCACUUUUCGGAGACGGUAACGGGCACCAGUGUCAUCCGGGCCUAUGGCCGAAUUGAAGACUUCAAGGUCCUCAGCGACAGAAAGGUGGACACCAACCAGAAGAGUGCCUACCCCUUCAUCGCCUCCAACCGAUGGCUGGGUGUCAACGUGGAGUUCGUGGGGAACUGCGUGGUGCUCUUUGCUGCCCUGUUUGCGGUGAUCGGGAGAAACAGCUUGAAUCCAGGGAUCGUGGGUCUUUCUGUGUCCUAUGCCCUACAGGUAACCUUGGCUUUGAAUUGGAUGAUACGAAUGAUGUCAGACUUGGAAUCUAACAUCAUAGCCGUGGAGAGAGUCAAGGAAUACUCCAAGACUGAGACCGAGGCCCCCUGGGUGAUAGAGGGCAACCGUGCUCCAGAAGGCUGGCCCACACGUGGGGCAGUGGAGUUCCGGAACUAUUCAGUGCGGUACCGUCCGGGCCUUGAGUUGGUGCUGAAGAACCUGACCCUGCGUGUGCAGGGAGGCGAGAAGGUAGGCAUUGUGGGCCGCACUGGGGCUGGCAAGUCUUCCAUGACUCUCUGCCUGUUCCGAAUCCUGGAGGCCGCAGAGGGUGAGAUCUGCAUCGAUGGACUCAACGUGGCACACAUUGGCCUCCAUGACCUGCGUUCUCAGCUCACCAUCAUCCCCCAGGACCCCAUCCUGUUCUCGGGGACCCUGCGCAUGAACCUGGACCCCUUUGGCCGUUACUCAGAGGAGGACAUCUGGAGGGCCUUGGAGCUGUCCCACCUCCGUGCAUUUGUGAGCAGCCAGCCUGCAGGCUUGGACUUCCAGUGCUCAGAGGGUGGAGAUAAUCUCAGUGUUGGCCAGAGGCAGCUCGUGUGCCUGGCCCGAGCCCUGCUCCGCAAGAGCCGCGUCCUGGUUUUAGACGAGGCCACUGCUGCCAUUGACCUGGAGACUGAUGACCUCAUCCAGGGCACCAUCCGUACCCAGUUUGAAGACUGCACUGUAUUGACCAUUGCCCACCGGCUCAACACAAUCAUGGACUACAACAGGGUCCUGGUCCUGGACAAAGGGGUAGUAGCUGAAUUUGAUUCUCCAACCAACCUCAUCGCAGCGGGAGGCAUCUUCUAUGGGAUGGCCAAAGAUGCCGGACUCGCCUAGAGUACCUUCCAAGGGUUUCUUUCUUGUCUGAAUUGACAAGUGUCUGCAGAAUGGACUUGAUGGCAAUAAGUGGGGGCAUUUGUGACAUUUAUUAUUAUUUUAUUAUUAUUAUUCUGCAAGUUGCCUCCCAGACUAGCCAUACUUAGUACCGGAAUGAGGAAGUGAGCGGGAGUCCAGUUCAAAGUCUGGUUGAGACCAGCGCCUGGGUUUCCUGGCCUAGUCCACCAUUAGUCCCAUACUGCAGUUCUGGGCUUUUUUUAUUUUUCAAGACAGGGUUUCUCUUGUAGCUUUGGCACCUAUCCUGGAACUAGCUCUUGUAGACCAGGCUGACUUUGAACUCACAGAGAUCCGCCUGCCUCUGCCUCCCGAGUGCUGGGAUUAAAGGCGUGCGCCACAACCGCCUGGCCCAUACUGCAGUUUCGAUUUGUUUUGUUUUGAGACCUUACUCCUGCCUCUACAUUUUCAUAUUUUCCAUUGUUUUUUAAACAACCCUUCCUCCUCCUGGGCCAGGGACUGCUAGGUCAGGCUGUCUGCCCCAGGAAUGGAGUUCCCGUAUUGGUGCUGUCUGAAUCCACUUCAGAUAGGACAUGUGUGAAAUAAAACUGUGGUCACCAGCAGA